AUGACUCAACCCACCAACAAAAGGGCUCGCUAUGAAGAGGACGUGAUGGAAGACGGUAGCUUACCCUCCGCUGCUGAAGGUUUCUUUGAAGCCCUGGCGGAGGCCGGCGUUACACAUUGCUUUGUCAAUCUGGGAAGCGACCAUCCUGCCAUGCUGGAGGCCAUGAUCAAAGCGAAGCAAGAAAUGUCGACGAAAUUUCCCAAUAUCAUCACUUGCCCUUCUGAAUUGGUCGCGCUGUCUGCCGCCCUUGGUUACGCCCAGGUCUCGGGCCUUCCGCAAUGUGUUCUUGUGCAUGUCGAUUGUGGUACUUUGGCAUUGGGCCAAUCCAUCCAUAAUGCAUCGGUCGGACGAGUGCCGGUUCUGUGCUUUGCGGGUCUCAGCCCCUUCACCCAAAGAGGGGAAUUGAAAGGCUCAAGAACAGAGUUCAUUCAUUGGCUGCAAGAUGUACCGGACCAAGCAGCAAUUCUCCGUCAAUAUUGCAGGUACUCUGGGGAAAUCAAGACAGGCCGCAACAUCAAGGAGAUGGUAAACCGAGCCUUGCAGUUCUCCCUGUCUGAUCCCAAGGGUCCGACGUAUCUGAUGGCUGCACGAGAGGUUCUGGAAGAGAAAGUCGAGCGGAAGUUUCUGGAGGAAGAAACCCUUACGCCUAUCCUCCCUAGUGCUCUGCCGGAGUCAGAGGUUGAGUUAAUUGCCACCACCCUCUUGAGUGCGAAGCGCCCACUGGUGAUAACGGGUUACCUAGGCCGAAAUCGCAACGCACCUCCUCUGUUGGAAGAGCUGUGUGACAAGCUCCCAAUUGGCGUUGUGGAGAUGGUUGGGUCCGACCUAUGCAUUCGAAGUGACCAUGAAGCCUAUUUGGGCGUGACUGUUACGACCCAUCCAGAAGUUCUGGAAGCCGAUGCAAACCCAAGAAAGGCAAGAACUGCCCCCCAAUCCCUGAACACUCUCUCAUCAAUCCUAGGAACCAAAAUAUUCCAUCUUGACGUCGAUCCGCUAAAGGAGCAAAUGCGCCUGUUCUCUAUCAACGUUAUGCGAAGGAUGAAAGUCAACUGCGAACUUGCACUGAAGCAGUUGAAUACCUUCAUAGACAAGCAGAAUAUCAGCAAAGCAAACUAUGCGGCAGAAUUCAGGGCUCGCGCAACCCGCUAUGCCAAAUGGCGGGAGGAGCUCCGUCAUUUGCAGUCGCCGCAGGAGGACGGUGUUAUCAGUGUCCCAUAUCUGACGUCUCGUCUGCGACAACACGUUCCCGAAAACACAACCUUUGUCCUAGAGGCAGUAACCAACGCUGGGCCACUGAUUCAUCAUCUUAAUUUGGUGAAGCCUGGAAGCCUCGUCGCCAGUGGCGCUGGGGGCCUGGGCUGGGGCGGUGGUGCCACUUUGGGAGUGAAAUUGGCCAAGCCCAAUUCCUUUGUCUGCGGAAUAGUGGGUGAUGGGACAUAUCUUUUCUCGCAGAUGGAGAGCGUCUAUUGGAUCGCUAGGCGCUACGAUGUCCCUUUCCUUCUAAUCGUCUUAAACAAUGGGGGGUGGAACGCACCCAAGGUGUCUGCUCUCUUGGUUCAUAAAGAUGGGCUAUCGUCAAAGUCUAACAGCAGAGAUCUGAAUAUUUCCUUUGAGCCGUCUCCUGAUUAUCCAGGGAUUGCCACGGCUGCUGGUAAUGCAUGGGGAGGUACUAUUAAGACGCAAAACGAAUUGGACCAAGCCAUAGCGGAGGGAACCAAAGUGGUCCAAAGCGGCAGAUGCGCUGUCAUCGAAGUCGCUGUUCCAUCGAUGUGGAAAGAAACCUGA